AUGACUCGUGCGAAAACAUAUCAAAAAAUUAUACAAGAAAAAUUUUUCACUUUCGUCAACAUGGCCAAAAAUAAAAAUGAUUCUGAAGAAAUGAAUGUUUCAAAGCCAACCAUAUCAGUUGCGUUAACUAUGAUUUCUAUUCCAUUGUCAAUGGUCUUAUGGAUUAGCAAUAUUUUGUUCCGAAAAUUUUAUGGCGAUAAUGUAAAUGAACUAGAUGAAGGACUUCCACCUCUCCGGUGGUUUAUAUCCACUUUCAUUCCACUAUUUAUUGCUGUAUGGGGUUACACCAAACGUAGUUUAAACCUAAGUGGAGCACUAUUAGGUGCAGUUGUUGGUUUUGUAUUGACAUUAAGCAGCUAUGGAUUUCUGGCUUGUUUGCUAACAUUUUUCGUUACAUCUUCCAGAGCGACAAAAUUUCGGAGCAAAACUAAAAAACAAUUGGAACCUGACUUUAAAGAAGGUGGUCAAAGAAACUGGAUACAGGUGUUGUGUAAUGGAGGUAUGGCUACUCAACUUGCGCUCUUGUACAUUUUAGAUGUCGGAUGUGGUGAACUACCUAUUGAUUUCAAACGUUAUUAUCGGCCUUCUUGGUUAUCCAUUGGCAUUCUUGGUGCUUUUUCCAGUUGUAACGGUGACACUUGGGCCUCAGAAUUAGCAACAGUCUUGGACACAGGCUUACCCUUAUUGAUAACAACUGGUAAACCAGUUCCCAAAGGUACAAAUGGUGGUGUAUCGGUCAUUGGAUUGUUUGUCAGUCUAUUGGGUGGCGUGGCUGUCGGAUUAGCAAAUUAUGCAAUGCUUAUCCAUACAAUUGACGCGGACAUGUUGGCCAGAAGUCCUGCACAGUGGCCAAUAAUAGUAGCGGGAGGUUUUGCCGGGCUAGUUGGCAGCAUUGUUGAUUCAGUAUUAGGUGCCACCUUACAAUACAGUGGUUUUAAUCGAAAAACAGGAGCAAUAGUGGAACACCCUGGCAAAGAUGUUGUGCACAUAUCUGGGAGAAGAAUAUUGGAUAAUCACAGUGUCAACUUGAUAUCGAGUGUAAUCAUGGGGAUUGUGACCCCGAAAAUUGCGUACUUAGUUUGGCCAUAA